AUGCCCUUUCAUCUCAUUCAUAUUCAUUCUCCUCAACUGGCUCUCGUUCCAAAAUUAUUUAACACAUACAAUAGCACGAGUCGAGCAUUGUCAGACAUUACAGAUACCAAAAGUUUAGUGGAAUUUAUGAAUACCAAUGGACAUUUCGAUUCAAUGAGAGCAUGUUGCACGGACUCUGCUCAUUACAUGAUGGCAUCUUGGAAUUAUACGGAUUGGUAUUUUGAGGAAUGGCUCAAUGGUGCAGAGGAAACCAAGUCUUCAAUCAAAAAAUUGAAACAUGCUCGUUCCAUCCUGUCAAAGAGUUUGAAUAUUCAGAAGAAAGAUAGUUCUUCCAUUGGAUUCUAUUCUAAACUUGAGAAUGAACAUUGGUUACUAGAUACAUUGUGGAGUUCUAUACCAAUCCUAUCACUCUCAAUGAAUCAUGUGGAUCACUUGUUGUUGAAUUUUAAGAAUAAUUUGUUGUUAAGUGAUUACUCUUCUUCGAGUUAUGAUGCUUUAAAAUUGGCAGAUUAUGCCCAACUAUUGCCAACGAAUGGAGUCUUGUCUGUCACAAUUUUAAAAACUGAACCUCAAGUCAGCGAAGAAGAGCUGUUGUCACAGUUAACUGAAGCACAACAAAAUCAAAUUGUGGAAGCCCUGAAGAAUGACAUUCAAACAAGCAUUUUGAAUCCAAUUCUACAAUAUCCUGCCAUGCUUCAGUGCAACAUUACAAACUCAACCAUGCUUGGCCAAAUGAGAGAAUAUCAUUUGGCUCUUCUUCGAAAGAGCACAGGAAUGGGAUAUAUUUCCGCUCGACAAUGGGUUACCCUUCAAGCAUUCUUAGUUUAUUCUCUUCCUAUUGAAUAUGCUCCCGAAAUACCUUAUACCAAUGAAUUUCAUUGGAGAGCACUAAAAGCUCUCUAUGAACAAGAGACAAGCGACUUUAAAAAGAUUCUUUCUGAGGAAGGAUUUAACACUUCGAACGAGUUCAAUGAGACACUUUUAAUUGCAGAAUUUGAGAAAUAUAAGCAAAAUGCUCACUCUUAUAUUUCAAGCAGAUUACUUGAAUUGUCUUGUUACAGUUCUUUCAAUAAUUAUUUGGGAAUGUUUCAUUACAACUUUUACGAUGCCUAUCAAUAUUUCAUGUUCAAAGAUGGCAUAUUAUAUUGUAUUUCUGCUUUGUCCAUUCUAUUUUAUGCUGGAUUUAUUGCAACUUUUAUUGUGCGGUCUAGAACAAAGAACAUUGUAUUGAAAAGGAGACUUUUGCUGCCAUACAUUGGUCCACUUUGUUUACUCUUAUUGCCUCUCUACUUUUUAGAGCCUAUCUGGAAUAGACAGUACAUUGACAUUUUUCACAAGAAUACUGCGUUCGCUGCCACUGGUAUCUAUCCAAACUUGUUCAUUUCUCUGUUCUUCUCCACGUAUUGUGUGACUGUUUUGAGAUUUUAUCAUUUGAAGAACUUGUAUUGGAUUAUGAACAAAUUUGCAUCAAAGAAGUAUGACAUUAGUAAUAGAGCUCUUCGAAUCCACAAAUUCCUGACAUCGCGAGUUAUGGCGUUUGUGUUCACUUUGGUCCUUACUGCAAUAACAUUUUUGCUUUGGGUUCCCUAUUAUGUGUCAUGGUAUGGCGAUGCAGGAGCAAUGAUUUUCUCUGCCUACAAUUUGCAAGUUGAGUUGCUGUUUCUCGUUCCAUUUUCCUCACUUAUUAUUCUUCUAUCCAUUAUUAGUUUGAUUUGUUUGAUUAUUGACUUGAUUGUCAAUAGAAAGAAGAUUAGACAAAAAGGUGUUCUGUAUUACUUUAUUUUCGACGAUCCUUUUUUUUUGAGAAUUGAUUUGGUAAUGAUGUUACUCACUGCAGUUAUUUCGACACUCAUUUACAUGUUAUUUUCGAGUACGACCAACGUUGCGUCUAAAGUACUGUUUUUGGUGCUUUUUAUUUUGUGUUAUUUGGUAGCGGGAGGAAAUGCCAUAAUUAUUGAACUGUUUAAAGGAGCCAUUGACAAGAUUCGUGGCAGAAAUCAAGAAGAGUCAUCGUUUACCAAACUUAUUAAUGAUUCCGAUUUUAGAAAUAUUUUCAAAAUCUAUUCGAUCAACGAACAUUCUAUUGAAAAUUUAGUGCUUUACGAAUUGUUGGAAACAUUUUUGAAGAAGGGAGAACUUUUUGAAGACGAAAUGCUUGAAAUUGAUCGUAAUUUCUUGCGGCCAUACGCUCCGUUCGAAAUCAACAUUUCUUCAGAAGGAAAAAAAAGAUUUACUGAGCUUAUGAAAAAGAAUAAGGGCAUGAAAACACCAUACGCAAGCGUGGACGAGAUUCUCAUGAAAGAAAUUUUGUUAAACAUGAUGGAUACUCUUGCGAGAUUCGAAGCAACAAACGAAUACAGGGACUGGUUUUCGACCAAGCAGCUUAAAGGAGACAUUGAGCUUGGUUUUGAGAAUAAGUAA